UCGGUGAAGUGUCCGAGGUUGUGGAAAGCAAAGCAGGGGGUUUUUCACCAGUCAAAGGACAAAGCUGCUUGACAGCGGCUGUUCUCUCCUCCCACUGACGCCAAUCUCCAUUAAUUAUCCACUCCUCCACUCUUCACAGAGUCAUAACAAUUUUUACUUUCUAUAUUGCCUCCUUCUCUGUCAUACUCAUGGUAUCCUGGACAAGGUGUUUGUACGACUCGCCCUCCUGUCGUGCGUGUUGAUGGUGAUGCUGGACCAACAUGGCCGUACAGAAAAGAAAGAGGCCACGGGUAGUAACACCUUAAUUCCUACACCCGAGAGCAACACCGAGCUGGCUCAAAGUGUGCCCAUCUCAGAUGAUCCAACCACGACAGCGAGUUCGGGCUCGUCUGGCACCGAAGAAAUCCAGUACCGCUAUCUGAGCUUCGAAUCAAACAUUCCUUUGACUCCAGUAAUUCCACCAAUUGUUCAACAUGAUAUUCCCCAAUGUCCAAACCUACGCAACUACGACGACCCAUUCGCGUGGUCCAAGACCAGGAAAAACCUCAUGACGUAUCUAUCCUGUGCAAUCAAUGUCACUGCUUCUUACUCCGCCGGCUCCUACACUUCACCAGCUUUCCAACUCACUAAGAAGUGGGGCGUGUCUGAUGUCGCCUACAAUGUUGGUAUAACCACGUUCACUGCCGGGUUUGGAUUCGCUCCUAUGGUCCUGGCACCCUUCUCAGAAAUCAAUGGGCGAAGGCCGGUCUUCAUUUCUACAGGAAUUCUCUUUGUUGUGUGCCAGAUAUGCUGUGCAUUGACCGAAUCAUACGGUGGGAUGCUAGCUGCUCGAUUCUUUUUGGGUGUUGGAGGCUCGACCUUUUCAACCAUGGUAGGUGGUAUCCUCGCGGACGUCUGGGUAACAGCAGACCGCAACACGCCUAUGGUGUUGUUCACGGGAGCGACCAUACUUGGCACUGGACUCGGUCCUUUGGUAAGCGGCUUUGUUGCACAGAAUACAUCAUGGCGCUGGGUGUUUUGGAUUCAAGCCAUCACUAGCGGAAUUUUGGUAUCCAUGGUGACGCUCCUCUUCAAAGAGACUCGGGGAACCGUCAUCUUGAGCCGAAAAGCAAAACUCCUCAACAAGUGGUACGAGCAACUGGAAGCAGCGGGGGCUUUGGGAAUGGAAUUCGAGUCAGGAGAUCCGGAGAAACCGGGCAAGAAGUCCUGCCGCAUUCGUUGGAGAGUCCAAGCAGAUGAAGAACGAGCAUCCAUUGGAAGAAUGAUUGCUGUUUCAUUAUAUCGGCCAAUCCACAUGCUCUUCACGGAGCCUGUGGUUUUCUUUUUCAGUUUGUGGAUUGCAUUCUCUUGGGGUGUUCUGUAUCUCCAAUUUGGCGCGAUUCCUCUGGUGUUCGAAACCAACCAUGGCUUUACGCUGGAACAGACCGGUGCUGUCUUCAGUGCCGUCUGCGUGGGAGGCUUGAUCUCGGUGGUGCUCAGCAUCUACCAAGAGAAGUGGGCUUUCAAGCAUUAUCCCAAGAUCAGUGGCAGCCCGGAAGGACGGCUUACAUUUGCCUGCGUCGAGUCGACAUUCAUGCCAAUCGGCUUGCUGUGGUUCGGGUUUACCUGCUACUCCUCCAUUCCCUGGAUUGUCCCUACUAUAGCAAUCGCAGUGGCGACGAUGGGGAUCUUCAGCAUAUACCUUUCGGUAUUCAACUACACCGCUGAUGUCUAUCACAUCUACGCCAGCUCGGCACUUGCUGCCUCGGGACUAUGUCGAAACCUGCUUGGCGGUUUCUUCCCAUUGAUUACGAAACAAAUGUUCCAAGGACUAGGUUUCCAGGCUGCCAGUGGUUUGGUUGGCGGCAUUGGAUGUGUGCUGACCUUGGUUCCCUGGGUGCUGUACUUCUAUGGACCGAAGAUAAGAGCUCGGAGUAAGAUUGCUAGUACGUUCACUUGAUCAACGCAAUGUAAACUAUCUUCGGGGCAUAGUUCUAAAGCCUCAUUCACGUCAGUUUUGUGGAAUGAAACUCAAUACCAAUGAACGAUAACAGCACAUUCGACCGAAGAAAUUGUUCGAUCAUCAGAAUUUUGUGUAGGAUGCAAGCAGUAGAAGAUAUCUGGGCAUGCAAAUCAACCCUCCAAAA